CACACACACACACACACACACACUCUCUCUCUCUCUAAAUCUAAAUCUAAAUCUAAAUCACUUUCUCUCUCUACUGCGUGUAAUUGCAAAGCAAGUUUUAAAAUGGUUGCGUGAAGAAGAAGUCUGGUAUCUCUGUGUUUCCUUGAUAGAUUACAUUGCAUUUACACCAUACACAGUGUCUUUGUUUGUCGGAGUCUUGAGAAUGGGAAAGAAAGGUCAGAACUAUGAAGAGAAAGAGAGAGUUGAUGCCGUACUUGAGCUACUCAGAAAACAAGCCCCUCUCACUCUCAAACAGGAGAAGUUCUGCAACUAUGGUUGUGUUGAACGGUUUCUCAAAGCAAAAGGCAAUAGUGUGAAGAAGGCCACAAAGCAACUUCGUGCUUGUCUAUCUUGGAGAGAGAGUAUCGACACUGAGCAUUUGACUGCUGAUGAGUUCUCCGCCGAGCUCGCCGAAGGCCUAGCUUAUGUUGCCGGUCACGACGAAGAAUCCAGACCGGUAAUGAUUUUUCGAAUCAAGCAAGACUACCAGAAGUUCCAUUCGCAGAAACUGUUUAAUCGUUUGCUGGUGUUUACACUGGAGGUUGCAAUUCAAAGCAUGCCCAGAAACAUUGAGCAAUUUGUGAUUCUCUUUGAUGCAAGCUUUUUCAGAUCAGCAUCAGCUUUCAUGAACAUAUUGCUGGCCACACUGAAAAUCACAGCAGAGUACUACCCAGGCCGCCUACACAAGGCUUUUAUCAUAGACCCUCCCUCUCUCUUUUCUUAUCUUUGGAAGGGAGUUCGGCCAUUUGUGGAGCUAUCACCGGUGACUACGGUGGUAUCAUCGUUGGAUUUCGAAGAGUCAUUGGAGUUCAACGACUUCACAUCCUAUCCACGAGCCUCAUCCCUCCGAUUCGACCCCUCGUCAGUACCAUCAACGGCCAAGAUUGGGUCGUGCUCAUCCUCUCGUUUCUCAUUCACCGUCUCGCAUCACUUUGACUCACUCAAGCCCUGGUACCUCACCUUGACUGACACGUCAGGAUCCAAAGUAGGCCCCACUAGCAUCGCCCAAUCUAAUAUGGGCCCCGCCCUCGUCUCCCCUCUCAAUGCCCGUUCCUUCUCCUUCGCAUCACCCGUGGCCAGGACGCCACGUGGCAACCUCAACGGCAGCCUGCGAAAAGGUUUCUUCCCAUCAACCCCACUCCCGGAGAAAACCCAAAAGAUGGACUUCACAAACAUCAACCCUCCGAGGACUCCAAGACCCUCAUUCCUCCGAUCUCCGGCGGUGUUCUUCAAGAGGGAGUGCCACGUCAGCAGCGCCGACAAAUCCAGGGACUCGUUCGUCCCGUUUCUGAAAUUCUACAGAUGGCCGUACGAUGAGAUGACCUACAGGUCAAAGAUGCGACCCCCGCUCGGUGGCCUCAUCUCCAUCGUCUCUCCCCAUCUCAUGAGGCGCCGCCACAUGUCAAUCUCUCAACGGUUUUGAUCAUCCAGCAGUACAUAAUAUUACCUAUAUUGACCAUAGUGUGACACUGCUACUAAUAAUCGACCUUUUAAUUUCUCAAACCCAAUGCCUUCUUUAUAUUAGUGUCAUUAUCUUUUUUUUUUUCAAAGUCAAUUAAUAUGGUGCGUUAAAUGAAGAAAGAAAAAAAAAAUGAAAAAAAAGAAGAGACAACGUGCUAAGUGGGAUGUGAAUUAGUGUGCGAGAUGUUUGAUUUUGAGCACUGGAAUAGCAAUGCAUGGGAACAAGAUAGCGUGGUCGAGACGGUGAACAUGGCAUUGGAAAUCAUAUACCAAAUCAUCAAAAAGCUAUGUAUCUGUUUGAAUCAAAUAUUAACUUAUAUUGUAAUUUUUAAUUCAUGUGAAAAUUUGAGUUUGGGGUAGGUUGGUAGAUUAUUAGACCUACUUGGUUGGACUUUGUUACCUUACUAUAUAUAAUAUAUAUAUAUAUAAUAUAAUAAUAAUAAUAAUAAUAAUAAUAAUA